CCUAAUAAUAAAUCUCUUGUUCCUUUCCAUAUUUUCCCCCUUAUAAAUCUACUCUUAGUAUUCUUGCUGUGCCUAACCAUAUUGAAUUGUUUAACAUUUGUAUUCAAUUCCCAGUAAAAUCUAUUAUUCUUGUUCUAAGAUUCUCUAUGAAAACCCUUGGAGUUUUCAGCUGGGUUUUAUUUCGUUCUCUCAUGUCAGUUUCCACAGGCACUUUUGAAUUUAAACGGUAGGAAUUCAUAGCCUACAGUGCUUAAAACUUAAAAUCUCGUUAAACCCCUAAACCUAAUACAUAACUAUCAGUGAAAGUGAAAUGAUACAGUUCCAAAAUUGUGGAGAGUUUUGUACAUGCAAUAAUAUAGCAGCUGAAGUAUUCUUUACUUUUGUAUUGGAUCAAGUAGCUAAAGGUGUUUUAUCAAGCUUAUAGGUUCUGGGACAUGGCAUCAGAAGAGACAGACCUUCCUCAAAGAGCCAAGAAGUUUGAGCUAAAGAGAUCACAAAAGAUUAGGUUCAGUCCAUCCUCUAUAACUAAUGUUGAUGAGCUACUUCACGAUGUUUAUGUUGCACGUAGCCCGAGGCCUCAUGAGUAUCACCAUCGCAGAGAUUUAGUUCGCAUUUUCAAUCUGUUGGCAAGGGAGAUCGAUGGUGGUUCUGAUGGCUUUCCUGUUGUGGAGGUCUUUGGAUCCUUUUUAAUGGAUAUGUUCUCUUCCAAAAGUGAUCUUGAUCUAUCUAUUAAUUUCAGUAAUGCUGCAGAUAACUUCUCCCGCAAGGAGAAGAUUGCAGCCCUUAGAAAGUUUGCUGACUUUGUCUACACUCUCCAAUUGAAAGGGCAUGUGUUUGGUGUCCGUCCAAUCAUGGGAGCUAAGGUGCAUAUUGUCAAAGUUGUAGAUCGUGGAACUGGAAUUGAGUGUGAUAUAUCUGUUGAAAACAAAGAUGGUAUUGCAAAAUCACAGAUUGUUCACAUUAUUUCAGCAAUUGAUGAAAGAUUUCAGAAAUUAUGUUUUUUGAUUAAAGCCUGGGGGAAUGCGCAUGAUAUUAACAGUCCAAAAGAUCGAACGCUUAGCUCGUUAUCUUUAAUCCUAUUAGUUGCGUUACAUUUGCAGACUCGAAAACCUCCUAUACUACCUCCCUUUUCUGUGCUAUUUAAAGAAGGAAGUGACCCUGAAAAUGUUGGGAAGGCAGUCCAUAAAUUUCUUUAUUAUGGCCAAAAUAACAAAGAGUCUGUGGGGGAACUUUUCAUAACUCUGUUAAUCAAGCUUGACUCAGUUAGGAAACUAUGGGCAGAAGGUCUUUGUGCAAGUACAUAUGAAGGAUCUUGGAUAUGCAAAAAAUGGGGUUCUCGAAGUGGCAAUCUUAGUGUAGAGGAUUUCACAGACAGGUCUCAAAAUGUUGCAAGAGCAGUUGGAGCUGAACAGGUGAAGAAGAUCUACAAGUGUAUUAAAAGUUCUCUUGAUCAAAUGUUAGCGUUCAUGUAUGGACAGAUUCAAGCACCCAAAGUAAGGGAUCUUAUGUUUGGGUCAGAUUAUGUUCCUAAUGAAGAAGUGAGCAACUUGGUGAAUGUGAAUCUUAAAAGAAGCUUUCCUACCGAUGAUCCUGCACCAUCUUCUCCACCACCCUACACAUCCCCAGCAAAGAAGAUCAGGUGCAUUGCAAAUUCAGAUCCCAAAAUAGGAACAACUCAAGCGCACCACGAGUGUUCAAACCAUUUACCUCCACACCAUCUUCAUCAACAUCAUCAGUGGCCUCCAGUAAGUGCUCCUGAACUUGGGCAUGGUUCUGUACAUCCUUCUUUUGUUCCACCACGACAUUUUCAUGGACUGCAGAAAAACCCCUAAUUAUUUCAGGGGGAGUAUAAUCUGAUUCCUGUUAGUGUUUCUGAACUCGUGUAUGAUUCCAUACAUCCUUCUUUUGUUCCACCACAACACUUUCACGGACUGCAGCAAAACCCCUUCUUAUUUCUGGGGACGUGUAAUCUGAAUCCUGUGAAUCCAUUCCUACCGUAUGGUGGUCCAGGGAGUGCCCACUCUGGCUACAAGGAAACUCUACCACAGGGUCCAUUUUUCAACCCUUAUGGGUACAAGUAACGUAGACCAUCAGACACCUUCUUCUUGCGGCUAAAGUCUGUCUCAGAAAUAACUGUGAAGUUUAGUAAGCAUCAACAUAUUUGUCAUCCUCAGAGAAUCCUGGGUGCCCAAGCCUUGGAUCUAGUGUAUAUUUACAACUUCUCUUGUUCAGAACCGGUACGCAUAUCUAAAGUGGCCAAUUGUGUUAAUAAACUCUUAAGCCUGUACAGAAAGAGUUUAUAGAAGUGUUCGGUAUAAAUGUUCAGGAACUGGCAUAACUACUCUGCAAUGCGACGGAAAAUUGUAACAUAUUUACAUCAGAACAGCAGCUUUUCUAUUUCCUCGAACAAGUUUCAAUUUUGACCAAAUAAGCGUGCUAUUGUUUCCCCAUUUUA